AUGUUUAAACUACUUCUUCUACCGCUACUUGGAACAGCUGUGUUUUCACAAAGCUUUGAAUAUGCCACUCGGUUUCCUCAAAACAAACUAUAUAGCUUGGACCAAGGAACAAUUGGCUUAGAUGAUUUCGACGGCACCAUUGCUGCUUUUGGAGACUUUAAUGGGGACAAGUUUACCGAUUUGUUUGUCCUAAGCUCUGACCAGUCAUCGGUCUCAGUGUACACCUGGAAUCAUCAGAGCUUUAAAUUUGUAGCUCCAAAAACAGGACCUCAGAUAAAGAUAGAUAAAUUAGUUAUAACUAAUAUUAUUCCGGGAGAUUAUAACUACGAUGGCCUACUCGAUGUUCUGGUGAUGAGUCAAGAGGAUGUAUCAAACAACGCAGAUGGAGAAAUCGUUAUGCGAGUCUACACUGGCAAUGGAAAUGACACAUUUGAUCCCGAAUAUAUACAAUUACCUUCUGCGCGAGGGCCUCUACCAAUGGUACUGGAUAUUAGUGGUGAUAUGAGACCAGAUCUUCUCGGCUAUGCUUGGGAUGCAACUACGGACAAGGAUGAACUGAAUAUGUGGCUUAAUAAAGGGAAUUCAUUAAACACAAACUCGAGUGAUUUUUAUGAAAGAGUAUCGGCGUCUACUGUAUUUGAUAAAGUUACCACAGGAAACUGCAAGUGGGCCCAUCCUCACUCUAACGCAUUUCUAGAUCUGGAUGGAGAUUGUUUAGCUGACCUAGUGUUUGUUUGUGAAGAAAAGAACAAUCAAAAGCGUAUCCAACUAUGGACAAACGAGAGAAAAGAUGGCUUUAAACUUUCUCAAACACUAUAUCUCCCUGAUGGCGCUGGUGCCCUUAGCUUUGCAGACAUGGAUGGGGAUGGCUCUAUAGAUAUUGUCUUUCCUGUCUGUCAUGGCUCUACUUGCAAGAUUCACGUUGUAUACAAUAAACAAAUGGGUCUAUGCUCUACGAAUCAAGACUCAAAUUCAUCUUGUCGUAAGGCCCAAAACUUGUGUGUAGCGGAUCCUGGGUUCACUUUUGAUUUUGAUAAUCCACAAAGCGAGAACUAUGUUGUUUUUGAUAUCGAUGCCGAACUUGACGAUGGCGAGUAUAUUCAGAUGGAGGAUGCUUUGUUUAGAGGGAAACUACCUGUUGCCAUUCACCCAGGUGACUAUAACCUAGACGGUUACCCUGACUUGCUUGUUACCACAAAUAAGCGUGCCAUUUUGCUUGAAUCUAUCAUCUGUACCACCGAAUUAUGCUCUAAGAAAGCCACAAGUGCCUCUAAACGAUCGUUUUCUAUUGUUAAUAAGGGAGUUUCAGCAUUGACAGAUGUUACGAGACCUAGUCAAGCUGUCUUUUUUGAUAUUGAUGAGAAUGGAUCCCUCGACAUGCUUGUACUUCAAUCCACAGGAAGAAAGGGUGCUGACCGGACACCUAACUUUGUAAUCAAUAACUACUUUAACGAUGCAUUCUUUCUCAAAGGCCUUGUUUCCAAUGGAGUAUGUUCUAGCUACUGUCCCGUAGAUCCAGUACUUCCAGGUCUAAAGCCUUAUGGUGUCAGUUACCCUGGAGCAACCUUUAAGUUUACUGUCCUUGACACCUCUGGCGUGAAACGAGUUCAUCAAGUUUCUCAACUUUCCCAAUCUGCGUAUAUGCCUCUUCAAACACCAUAUUGCUUAUUUGGCUUGGGAAGAACAAACAAUUAUGUAGAAGAGAUGUUCGCGGGUGUAACAAGACACCAGGAGCAUAACUAUCUAUUCUACGAAGGCGUCAUCCCAAAUUCCCAGUUAAUCUUCAUCCCUUACCAACCGGAAAAUAUCAAGGACAGCUCAUCUUGGAAGGUAGAACUCUACAUUCAACCUGCAGAUUAUGUACCAUGGGUACUCGUUGCUCUUAUUGCAGCGGCGUGUGGACUUGGUAUUGUUGUUGGUGCACUUUAUUGGGCUGAGAAGAGGGAGGAUGAGACGGAGAGACGCAAGGCCCUUCAUAUCAUCAAUUUUGAUGCAUUGUAGAUUGUAAAGUGUCUUGUUAUAUAAUCUUCCCCUUUUCUUUGUAAUUCCACUUUGUUUCUUUC